AUGCGUUUCUCUCUCAUUGUUAUGCUCGCGAGUGCAUAUGCACGAAUUUCCCUCGGUGGCACUCUUGAGAUCAUUGAUGUUGACAAUCAAUGCGCGAUAUGGUCCUAUGACAACCAUGGCUGCACAGGGUCUUCCGCAUUCUUCAGUCGACUUGAUGGAGAUGACUGUUCAAGGUUGGACAAAGUCGCCAACAGCACCCAUCCAGGUUACCCUAUGCGUGGCGCGGAGGCUUGCGGCACGGAAAACAAUUCAUCGGCUGCAUGGGUUAAGGUCGAAAAAACUGGGGUGAUCACCUUCUACAAUUUUCAAGGAGACAGCUCGACAUGUACAUUGGACAAUAGACUCAAGCAUGGCAGCCGCUGCACCGCCUCGGACUUGAUACACUCUACCAAGUCGUCAUCCACCGAGUCGUUUUCCACCAAGUCGUGUUCCACUAAGUCUUCCUCCGCUUUGACGACGCUGGACUAUUCGUCAUCGACUAUGGAGCCAUCCUCGACUACUUUCCAGACCGUAACUAUUUCUGAUUGUUCCUGA